UGAAAUAUCAGCACCCAUUGAACCAAAAAAGACGUCGCACAAACAGAAAAUCCCAUCUACAGUGUGGAUUUGAUUGGAGGGGGGGAGCAUUUUUUUCUCAUAUUCUCUUACCAAAAUGGAACUUUGAAAAUACGGAAUGACUAUAAUUUCCAAUUUCCUGAAGUUGAAGCUGUUGAUUUUGUGAUAUUGUAAUCCCUUAACACUAUCUUUUGUCACUUGUCAUUUGCGAAUAUCCAUACGCACAGUAACUACUCAAUUCUCCAUUUGCCCGGGUAAUGUUAGAGCAGUAAUAAAAGAACAACAGAAAACAAAGAACGACACACCAGCCGUUCUUUCUUGUCAUCGGAGUUAAAAAUAAGAGAAGAAGAAAGGAUAAAAAAUGUUUGUCAGCUUAAAUUCACCCUUUAAGCCUUGUUUUUACUAGUGACGCAAGCUCAAGCGCAGACGCAAGCUCAAGCGCAAGAGAGUUGCAGUCGACACAGCAAUAAGCGCAAGCAUAAGCGCAAUGCAUCACAAGGAAUGCAAGGAUUUCAAAGACCGCAACAAUAAGCGAAAAGCUUGGGAAGAGGUUACCCAAGAAAUGGGGAUAAAACAAGGUAUGAUACAACGUAUGCCACCAAGACACAAACGAUUCGAUUCGACUUGGCGACUCGCACUUGGAUCUAUUAACCACCUUCCAUGUACCUUUUUCAAAAACAAUGGCAUGUCAGUGAUACAGAACAACUUGAUUAAUCAAAGCAAGAUUAUUCUGCGUGUUGCCCGAGGGAUACAAACAUGCCCAACCGGGAACAAAAUAUCUUAUUGCUAUGGAUCCAAAACAUAUUCUACGAGUUCCUCGAGAUCGGCUUCAACCAGAGUCAAGAGCCUUUCUGAGAUACCAGGCCCAGCGAAGAUGUCCAUUGUUACCUCCAUGUGGAAAGUAUUACAAUCAGAACGGGAAGGAACGCAUAUGGGGAGAAGAUUUCUAGAAAGACACACACAGAACAUCGAAAGAUACGGCAAAUUGUACAAGCGAGAAGCACAAUCGACAAUAGUCUAUGUAGCCGAUGUCAACGACGCGGAAAAGAUUUUACGAUACGAGGCAAAGUACCCUCAUAGAAUCGAAGAUCCGGUUAUAAGUCACUACAUGGCAAAAAGACAGGCAAUUCCUGGGGUUUUCUUUUCAAACGGUAAUCUAUGGUACAAGCACAGAAGAGCUAUCAGCAAGAAGCUUCUCGUCCCCCGUAUGGUCGAGCAAUACGUGCCGACUUAUAACGCGAUUGUCGAUGACUUUUUAGCACGUCUAAGCUUCAUUAAAGGCCCCGAGGGAUCAUCUUACGAAAACGAAGUGUCAAAUCUUCAGGAUGAACUUUUCAGAUUUGCAUUUGAAUCUGUUGGCUUCCUCCUUUUUGAUAAACGGUUUGGGUUGGUUGAUGGAGGAGAGGACAUGAGACCUGAAGUAGCGUUAUUUGCAAAGUCUUUGGAUGGAUUUCUGAGGAACAUUGUAGGAGUUUCAGAUCUCCCACUGUGGUUUUACAAGCUGUAUGAGACAAGAACCUAUAAAGAUGUGAUGAGGAGUUUAGAAGGCAUGUACCACUGUGCAAGUGUCUUUGUUGAUGAAAGGAUAAAAGAAAUGGAACAAGAACAGAUAUGCAAAGACUUUGAAAAAGAUGUCACUAGAUUGGAUUUUUUCACAUUUUUGUUGUUGAGAGGAAAUCUUAAAAAGGAAGAUCUACUUUCUAGUGUUAUAGAUCUCAUAUUUGCUGGGUCCGAUACCACAGCAAAUACAUUUCAGUGGGCUUUAUACUUAAUGGGUAAAAAUCCUAAAAAACAGGAGAAAUUGCACAGAGAAGUUAGGUCAGUUUUGGGGGCUAAUGAUUGCCCUACAAGUCAACACAUUUCAAAUAUGCCAUAUGUGACUGCUUGGCUAAAGGAAACUCUGCGCAUGUACGGAACAGUUCCUUUUGUGACUCGAAAGCUUCCAGUUGAAAUCACCCUUCAGGGUUAUAAAAUCCCAGCUUGGACUAGCUUUGUGAUCCUUACUUCGGUCAUAAGCAGAGAUAAAGACAAUUUUGAUGAACCUUUAGUAUUUAGACCAGAGCGGUGGUUGAGGGACGACACAGGACAAAAAAGGGAAACCUUCAAUGCACUUGCAUCAUUACCAUUUGGUUUUGGUAAAAGAAUGUGUGUUGGACGCCGCAUUGCAGAGCUAGAGCUUCGUAUUUUGUUGGCAAAGACAACCCUGAAGUUUAAGGUUGCAUAUCCCCAUGAAGAUAGAAUAGAGCCUUUCAUGAGAGCAACUCUUAUUCCUGAUCUGCCAUUGAGAGUUAGCUUCAUUGAUCGCAAACGCUAGCGGUUGCUAUGAUUAAUAUUGGAUGCCUGUCCAAGCCUUGCUCUGGGGUAUUUUAUGCACAGUUGUAAAUAACCUAAAAAUUGUGUUUAAAAAAUUGUGUUACUAAAAAAAAAUUAUCACCGCUUAUUAAUUUAGUGGUGGUUGUGAUAAUAUGAUAAAUUGUAAAGAUGAUGAUAAUGAUUAGUGA